CUCUUCCUCCAAGCGUUGAGCUGGGAGGAUGUUUGGUCUAAUGCUGGGGGAAGGGUACCUUUGUUGUUUUAUGGAUUGUUGUGAGCUACCUAGGGUCACUGUAUGAGAUAGACGGCCAUAUAAGUCCUGUAAGUAAAUAAAUGCCCCCAAAAUCUCCGGAAGAAGCAGAAAAGAAGGACCUUCUCAUUUUCACAGAACUGGGAGGGGCUGCUGAGGUCCUCGGGACCAGCCUCCAAGUUAAGGCUCUCCACGGAUGGCUGUCCACCCUUUGCUCAAGCACACCCAGUGAAGGGGAGCCCCCUCCCCGCCCAGUGGUCCACCGCUAAGCUUAUUUCUGAUCCCGAUACCUCUGCUGGGAGGCUUGCUUUCUAGUUCCCUCCUAAGACAGGUGUCUUACGGACAUAUUACACGUGUUUAUUAGAGACUGGCAAUUCCAUAGCUCAUCUCAGGGAUGAAUUGCUUCCAUUUUUCAGGAAGGCCUAAACCAGCCUUCCCAGCUGACUCCCCACCACCACCAGUGGCUAUGCUGGCUAGAUGUGAUGGGAGAUGUAGUCUGAUGCCUCAGGUAGGGGUCCCUGUUCUAGAAUUUCCACCCUGUGCUCCCAUUGUUCACCUUACUUUCCCAGGUGGCCGUCCUGUUAGUUGCAAAGGGUUCCUUCUGCUUGCCUGUGAUCUCCUUACCUUCCUUCUACCCCCUUUUGGAUCUGACCCAGCAGCUUUUCCAGUUCCCUGGCUGGCUUUGGCUUCAGCAGUAUCUAUUCAUUUGUUUUUGCUCUGAUUUCAGUGUGUUUUUUAUGCGAUGUGCUCCUCCAGUCCCUUGCAGCCUUUCCUCGGACCGAGCACAGGGUCUCGGCCAGCUCUGAGGGGUGUGCCCUGUGUGGGGACCUUAAGAGUCAGCCUUGGGCAGAAGGUCAUGUCAGUGACCGUUGAGUCCUGUAUACUGUUCUCACACAGGGAUGGCUGGAGAGCAGUGGGGCAUGCCGCAGGCUGGGCGUCUGGCGCCCCACUCCAGUCGAGGCCGCAGCACUCCAGCAGUGACGUUGUGGCUCAGACGGACUUCCUGCAGCUGGUCUGCUGACCUCGCCUAGCCAGCAUCCCGGCAGCCCGCCUGCCCUUCGGACAGCCAUGUCAGCCUUGUCUCCAGCGUGGCUCUUCGCCCUGUGCCUGAUGCUGCUGGCUUCCCUCGGAUCAGCCUACCAACCCCCCAACAUCAUCCUGAUUUUUGCUGAUGACCUGGGCUUUGGGGACCUGGGCAGCUAUGGGCAUCCCACGUCUGCCACCCCCAACCUGGACAAGAUGGCUGCCGAGGGCCUGCGCUUCACUGACUUCUACAGCAGCUCCCCCAUCUGCAGCCCCUCUAGGGCAGCCCUGUUGACGGGACGCUACCAGACCCGUUCUGGCGUCUAUCCUGGUGUCUUUUAUCCUGGCUCGAAGGGAGGCCUCCCCUUGGCAGAGGUGACAGUGGCAGAAUUGCUGAAGACACGGGGCUACGCCACUGCCAUGGUCGGCAAGUGGCACCUGGGCCUGGGCCCCAAGGGGAUUUUCUUGCCCACAAACCAAGGCUUUGACCACUUCUUGGGUGUGCCCUACUCACAUGACCAGGGCCCCUGCCAGAAUCUGACCUGCUUCCCACCCAGCACUCGGUGCUUUGGGACCUGCGACCUGGGUGUGGUUCCCGUCCCCCUGUUCCUGAACCAGAGCAUUGUGGAGCAGCCGAUAAACUUCCCCCGCCUGGAGGCCCGCUACGACGCAUUUGCGCGGGAUUUCAUCAGGGCUUGUGCUCAGCGCAAGCAGCCGUUCCUGCUGUAUUAUGCCUCCCACCAUACCCACUAUCCCCAGUUUGGGAGCCAGAACUACACUGGCCGGUCCUCUAGAGGGCCUUACGGUGACGCUCUCCUGGAGUUUGAUGGAACGGUUGGCCUCCUCUUGCAGGCUUUGCAGGAUGCCGGGGUCCACGAAAAUUCGCUGGUGUUUUUCACCUCUGACAACGGCCCUGAGACGAUGCGUGGUUCCCGCGGAGGCAGCUCCGGCUUACUCAAGUGUGGGAAGGGGACGACCUAUGAAGGGGGCAUGAGGGAACCUGCUGUGGCUUAUUGGCCUGGUCGUAUUGCGCCAGGUGUGACGCAUGAACUGGCCAGUACGCUGGACAUCCUGCCCACUGUAGCUGCUCUGGCUGAGGUGCCUCUCCCCAACAUCACCCUGGAUGGAUAUGACCUCAGCCCCGUCCUCUUUGGGAAGGGAAAGAGCCCCCGCCAGACCAUGUUCUUUUACCCUCCUGCUCCCAAUGAAUUAUUUGGAGUUUUUGCUGUCCGCUACGACAAGUACAAGGCUCACUUCUUCACCAAAGGAGACAUAAAGAGCGGCUGGACCCCUGACCCCACCUGCAGUGAGAUCAUUCUUCUUACCCAUGAGCCUCCCUUGCUGUAUGACCUUGAGUCAGACCCUGCUGAGAACUACAACCUUCUGCAUGGUGCCCAGGCAUCUGGAAUUCUGAAGGUCCUAAAAGAGGCCCGCCUGCUGAAGGCGUCCUUUGACAAAGCCAUGACAUUCGGGGAAAGCCAAACGGCCAUGGGCAGUGACCCCCUGCUUCAACCUUGCUGUGCUCCCCAGUGCAGUCCCAAGCCAUCCUGCUGCCGCUGUGCCUCUUAGCCUCCCUCUUCCCCUGCACAAGCCCGUCUGUAAUCCAUGCCUUUCUCUUCUGCAGGUGGACAGAAGAGCUGAUUCCAUUUAACUCCCAAAGAGUUUUUGCAGUUUUUUUUAAUCAGGAAAAAUCACAUCUUGCCUUCUGAGUUGGGCAUGUUCCCUGAUCCUGCGCAACCUGUUUUGCUGGGUGAAGUGUUCAGGUUCCAAGCUUUAGCACAGAUAAGAUAAGGUUUCUACUGCAGCUGCAUUUCUACCCUUGGUAGAAAUCAAGAAAUCAACCUCAGGACAGAUUGAAGGCCACCUGCCAUCCUUCCCUGUCAAAGGCUGUUGCGGUCGGAGGUUGAAGGGAGAUGGAACCUAACGCAUCCGAAGGGGAAGCUGGUAGGGCCCCCGCGUGUCCUUUGACCAUGUUGGAUGAGAUCAUGUUUGCCAUGCCAGAGGGCAGUGCUAACGCCCUGCCUUGGCUACAGGUCAUUAGGUACCAGCGCAUCUCUCCCCACGAGAGGGCAUUAUCUCCCCGUCCUCCCAUGGUUUCCUGGUUUUCCGGCUGAGACAUCUUCUUUUCAGUUAGACAAGAGAUAGAUAGGACUUCUCUUUGGAACGUGAGGAUGAGGCCAGUGAAUGUCCAGGGCCUGGGGGAAGAUCACACAUGGAGGGAAGAGAACCUGACAGAGACCUAGAAUCAUGGAACGGUGAACCUGGAAGCCCCCACGCCCCAUUAUCUAAUCCAACCCUCUGCAAUCUGCAGCAAACCCAACUGCACUGUCCUGGAGAGGCAGCCGUGCAGCCUGGGAGCCACCUUCGAGCUGGACGGAAAAGAAGGCGAGACAGACAGGCAUGUUAGGACCGGAAGAAGGUUUAAUUUGGCCAUAUCUGCCUUCCGUAUAUGGAAGCCCUUGGGGGGACGUUCCUCGUCCUGGCUUUAAUGUUGCAAAUUAACUUUUUUCCUCUUUUCUUAAUUCAGUACUGUGUCUUGGGAAGGCUUUUCCAUAACUUCAGUCCUGUCAGUGAGGAAUAUUUCUAACAAAAGCACUUUAAAAAACUCUAAUCAAAACCCCAGGUCCUCUUCUGUGAAGUUGGUUUCUCUCUGCUGCUUUCUCCAGAGAUGAGAACAUGGUAAUUGUUUAACUUGAAGUGUUGUGAGUUUAAUGUUCAUGCUGCAGACACUGAGUAAAAGGAGGAAAAUUAAUUACCUGGAGGGGAGAAGGGUCUUGGGUGAUUUUCUGCAUUUGGAAAAUAAAUUCUGAUUUAUUAAAUGUGCAA